AUGGCGACAACUUCUAGACCCUUACCCGAAGCUGGCACAAGCGCACUUGUCGCUGAGCUUGCCCAGGUCCUUCCCAAAGGCGCCAAGUUUACAGCAUACCACAUAUCGACGCCCCCAACCAUUUCUGAACCAUUGUGUUACGCCCCAGCGAACCCCCAGACACAAGAUGGCGGCAGUAUGUCCCAGAAGAAUCUCCGAGCGAGAAAACCGCUCAAGACGUAUUGCGAGAAGCACUUCCUAGCUAUUGCCAUAUGUCCAUUGGGGUCCACUGAGCAGGUCCUGGCCUUUGCGCUAGAAUUGUACAUUUAUACAACAGCUCACUCAAGCAUCUUGUUCGUUGCAAAGGCAGACUCGACUGGGUACUUGGGUCUUUUGAAUCUGCCGAAGGGCAUGCCUUCGCCAAUCCGAGAGGUCACAACGGCAUUCAUCUCCUACCUCGUCACGAACCGCGCGCGCAAAGGCAUUCAGUUUGUCGUCAACCUCUUCGCACGAUCGCAGUCGCAGUACCUCUUCCCUGGAAGCGUCAAGAAUGGUGGAAAACAUAUCCUAGAUGAUCGUGGCUUGGUCAAGUGGUGGUGUCGGGUGCUGAAUCCCUUGCUCGAGAAUCAGACUGCGCACGCACAGAAAAGAUGGAAAGACAUCCAAGGUUACCUGAUCAUACCUGGUCUGGAUGGCUAUGAGACUCGCGCCUUCCUGCCUCGUACCGCAAACGCUACAAGGAAUUGGGCUCUGGGACAUCCAUUGGAGCGUAUCUCUCCUUAUAUUUCUGACCCUGUCAUGUAUGGGAGCAACAUCCCAGCACGAUGUCUAAUACCGACGUAUCCGGACGACCCCAAGGCCAGAUUUGUGGAAGAGCUCGAAGAGGCCACGGCAGAGAAAGCAAAGCUCGCUGGAGGCUGGAAAACGCCGCGAAGCCUAGAACAAUUCUGGGAGAUGAUGGCCUUUCGACAAGAGUGUUCUAGUGGAAGGCUGACAGGGUUCAUAUGGCUUGUCUUUGAUCCAUAUUCAUUGCGCCGACCAUCUACGAAUAUGGGAGACUCAGCUCGCGGUACUGCCACGGCUGUUAGUGCUCAAUUUGGACAACCUCCGCGACUCCUAACUCCUGAGCCAAGCCAAGGACCGUUGGAGGCCAUGGUGAUGCCUUCAUUGCACGCAACACCUAUCAAACCCAUGAAAUUGAAUGAGGACAAGAACAAGGAGAAGAAGAGAGCACUCAAAGGUCGUAUCAUUCCACGCGAACCUAGGGUCAAGACUCAUCAGCGGGCUCAUUUUCCCAAGCAGACGGAAACAGCAUAUUACUCUUGGCCCGAGGAGGGAAGGGGCCAAGUGAUACUUGACGAAUCUGGAUACACUCGAGCCGUAGAACUCCUGCUGCAUCUCGAAUUCGGCACUCUGGCGCAUGCCAUCAGCAGUUCCGCGCGGUGGGAUAGAGAAGUGAAUUUUGGCAGGGAUUGGAGCUUGACAGCCAUUGGAAAACGCGAAUUAUCGCUUGAACAAAGAACCAGCGGUGCUGGCCAAGCUGUGAACGACAUUUCUAGCAUGAUCAAGAAGAAACGCCCCGUGGAUGAUGCAGCAUUUGAGGAGUCAAAUGCGCCUAGGCCCGAAAGCGCUGCGGUGAAUACUCUUAGUGCUGGAUUGGUCAGGAAGAAGGCAAAGACUACCAACGACGAACCAGCAUCUUUGCCGCCGAGUAUGGAAUCUACAAAAGUGAACACGCUAGGAUCUGGAUUGAUCAGGAAGAAACCAAAGCCAGCUUCAGGUUAA